AAUAUGUCUUCCUCGAGUCCCGACCAGCGCCUGGAUCACCUCCUGAGCGCCGUGAAGAGCGAGUUUCAGGAGGGCAGCGUGAAGGGCGACGCGUCGGAGCGGGAUAUUAAAAUUUCCCUAGAAGACGCGGAGCUAUGGGGCAAAUUUAAAGAGCUCACCAAUGAAAUGAUUGUCACGAAAACUGGAAGGCGAAUGUUUCCCGUGCUCAGAGCCAGUGUCGCCGGUCUGGACCCCAACGCUAUGUACUCGGUCCUGCUGGACUUCGUGGCGGCCGAUAAUAAUCGGUGGAAAUAUGUGAACGGUGAAUGGGUGCCGGGAGGGAAACCUGAACCGCAGAGCCCGAGCUGCGUCUACAUCCAUCCAGACUCACCCAACUUCGGCGCACACUGGAUGAAAGCGCCCAUCUCCUUCAGCAAAGUCAAACUCUCCAAUAAACUCAAUGGAGGAGGACAGAUUAUGUUGAACUCUUUGCACAAAUACGAGCCCAGGAUUCACAUAGUGAAAGUCGGUGGGAUCCAGAAAAUGAUCAGCAGUCAGUCUUUUCCCGAGACUCAGUUUAUUGCGGUCACAGCUUAUCAGAAUGAAGAGAUCACAGCUCUGAAGAUCAAGCACAACCCAUUUGCCAAAGCCUUCCUGGAUGCCAAAGAAAGAAGUGACCACAAGGACGUCCCAGACCACAGCACUGACAACCAGCAAUCUGGAUACUCGCAAAUUGGUGGCUGGUUCCUGCCCAGUAAUGGCCCUAUGGGCCCCAGCAGCAGCCCUCCUCAGUUCAACGGGGCCCCCGUUCACUCCUCUGGCUCGUACUGCGAGAGAUACUCCAGCCUGAGGAACCACAGAGCUGCGCCGUAUCCCAGCCAUUACCCCCACCGCAGCACGACCAGCAAUAACUACAUGGACAACUCUUCAGGAGGUCUUGCUUCUCACGAUAGCUGGUCGGCCCUGCAGAUACCCAACUCCAGUGGCAUGGGCACCCUGGCCCACACCACCAACACUACCUCCAACAGCAGCCAGUACCCAAGCUUGUGGUCGGUCGCGGGGACGAGCCUCACCCCCUCGGGCUCAGCAUCGGGGUCCAUCACGGGCGGCCUGACGUCUCAGUUCCUGCGCGGUUCCUCGGUGUCCUACUCGGGGCUGACCUCCUCUCCCUCCUCGAUGUAUGAGCCGGGCCUGAGCGAAGUCGGCGUGGGAGAUGCUCAGUUUGAGAGCUCCAUCGCCAGGCUUACAGCGUCCUGGGCGCCUGUGGCACAGAGCUACUGA